CUUCUUUUACUGUUACGUAGUGAAAGGGGAAGGAACUCCAGACAACUGUUAUAUCAGCGUAAUCACCAACCUAACCUCCAAUUUACCACAUCUGGCCAAGUUGAACUAACAUGGCCGAUUUUGAUAAUCAAGGUGGUAACGGCGGUGGAAAUUACGGCGGUGGUGGUUUCCAUGGUGAGUCAAAAGGCGGUUACCCCGGGGCUGUACAACGUGGCAGGGGAGGUGGUGGCAGGACACCACUGCCCACAGAGCCCCCCUAUACCUGCUAUGUGGGCAACCUACCCCAGGGCAUAGUACAAGGAGACCUGGAGCUCAUUUUUAAAGAUCAGAGAGUUAGAAAUGUUCGACUUGUACGAGACAUGGAAACAGAUCAGUUUAAAGGAUUUGCUUACGUAGAAUUUGAAGAUAUUGAAUCAUUGAAAGAGGCUCUUACCUAUGAUGAUGCUUUGUUUGAAGACAAGAACAUUCGUGUUGAUGUUGUGGAGAGGAGGAGAGGGCCGGCAGGGCGGGGCGGAGGUCGAGGGGGGCGUGGUGGCGGUUGGGAGGAUACAAUACAAUAUUGUCAAUACAGUGGUGGUUUCCAUGGUGAGUCAAGAGGCGGUUACCGCGGGGGUGGACAAGGUGGCAGGGGAGGUGGUGGUGGUGGCAGGAAACCACUGCCCACAGAGCCCCCCUAUACCUGCUAUGUGGGCAGCCUACCCCAGGGCAUAGUACAAGGAGACCUGGAGCUCAUUUUUAAAGAUCAGAGAGUUAGAAAUGUUCGACUUGUACGAGACAAGGAAACAGAUCAGUUUAAAGGAUUUGCUUACGUAGAAUUUGAAGAUAUUGAAUCAUUGAAAGAGGCUCUUACCUAUGAUGGUGCUUUGUUUGAAGACAAGAACAUUCGUGUUGAUGUUGCGGAGGGGAAGAGAGGGCCGGCAGGGCGGGGCGGAGGUCGAGGGGGGCGUGGUGGCGGUUGGGAGGACAGGGGAGGUUAUCGAGGUGGACGUGGUGGAAGAGGUCGUGGUGGCUUUGAUAACUAUGGGGGAGGCAGGGGGGGUUUUAACGACAACCGAGGCGGAGGUUUCAACGACUACCGAGGGGGUGGUUUCAACGACCACAGAGGGGGAGGGGUGUCCAGGGGCGGAUUUGAGAACUACAGCGACAGGGGAGAUGACUACAACCACUUUGGAAGAGGGGGCCGUGGAGGCAGAGGAAGGGGCAGCUUUGACAGGGAGCAGGAUGGUGGCAAUAAUUUCAACAGGAGACGGCAAAACAGUGGUGGACAACCAGCUUCAGAUCUCAGAGAACUAUCACCUGAGUCUGCAGCAGCUAGACCCAGGUUGCAGCUGUUACCCAGAUCUGUAAGGGAGCCCACAAAUGACAGUGUGAAUACUCAAAGGAAUGCCAGUAUUUUUGGAACGGGCAAGCCACGAGACAAAUCACCCGAGGAUGAGACCGCAGAGGCAAGGAGUAGAACCGUUAGUGAGAACAGCCAUCACAGUCAGAACUGAACUGGACAUUGCGGCCAUCUUUGUUGUUCUUACUAUUGGUUACAGAGUGAUGAUAAAGUUUACAAGAGAUUUGAGGCUGUUGAGACAGGGCAGCCAUCAGAGCUCUGCAGGCAGUCGGUGUGGCGCCACACGCAGUGUAUCCCAUCAAGCCUCCUAUGUGACCACUGGUGACCAUUGAAAAGAGAUGGCUACGAUGUACACAAACUUUGUCAGUGGUCAUUUUUUGAAAGACAAAAGAAUCUCUUCCAUAAUUGGAAGUAGCAGUAAUUACAUUAAACAAGUGGCCCUUGCUCUGGAUCAAAUGGGGUUUAAUGCAUGUGCAUAGAGUGACGUUAUAGAUUCGCAUGUGCAGUCUGCCUGUAGGCAGGGACAAGACUUCCUGCCUACACAGGAUUUUUGUAGAGACUUCCUUUAAACGAAAAAUAUCAUUAAGUGGAAAGUAUUUUCCUUGAUUCGCUGCUGCAGACUAUACAGGCUUAUCUGGUAAGACACUUUCAGCACAUGCUUCAAGGCCCGUUUCCCAGAGUGCAACUUAAUUGCAGUAUUUUUGGUUUAUUUAAACAGCUGCUUGUAUAAAAGACAUGAAGAAAUUUAACGCACUUUUAUUUUUAGCAAACAUAUUUAUAAACAUUUCACAUGGUGUAAGUUUCUGUCAAAUUUAACAUGAAAGAGAAAUCAUUUCUCUAGUGACCGUAGUAAAACUUCAGGGUGUUAACAAUGUAUUGCAAUUUUUCAUUUGUAUGUACCAUGAUGUUGUUGUGAUUGUUAUGUACAUAUAUAAAAAUCUGCAGGUGUCUUGUUAUUUUUAGUGUGUGAUGACCUGUAGGUUAUACAUUAAAUCAUAUUUUGUCUGCUAAUCUGUGUGUAAGUAACUUAAAAUAUUGAUUUGAUUGUAACAUAAUGACGAUGGUGACAAUAAUAAUUAAUUGUUUGUUCUUCAUUUACGUAAAAAUACUCUACUCACAUGGGUAGAACUAGUAUGAAUUUAGUUUAAUCAUUAAUUUCUGAAGUACCAAACUGAAUAUGUACAGAGCACUCCAAACAUGUACAUGAUUUUUUUUCAGUAGUUCUCAAGGUAUGUGUUCAAAUAUUCAUUAAAAAAAACACAUUCAAAUAAGCUUUAAUAGAGAUUACCAGUAUUUUGAGACACUUGUUCACAUUAGUAGGUAACUUCUUCUUACCAUAUAUGCAUUGUGAAAGUUCAUGUUAGAUAAAAUGUCACAUGAGCACUUUGUGCUAAUGGCAAGCUUACAGAAUACUAUGAUGUCUGUAGUCCGUCAGUUAUUGAAUAUAUAAACUUGUGUUGUUGUCCUUAUAUUCAUAUAGAGAACACUGGGAAAAAGCUUCGUUUCUGACACCACAAACCCCAUAGAUUUCGUUUUCAGCAUGUAGCAUCAUAAUGUGAUUUUUUACCAAGUUUGUUGUAUGUCCCCCACCACUAUAGCGGUGGGGGAUAUAGUGGUGGGGGACAUAUUGUUUUUGCCCUGUCUGUUGGUUGGUUGGUUUGUGUGUUUGUUUGCUCCAACUUUAACAUUUGCCAUAACUUUUGCAAUAUUGAAGAUAGCAACUUCAUAUUUGGCAUGCAUGUGUAUCUCAUGGAGCUGCACAUUUUGAGUGGUGAAAAGUCAAGGUCAUCCUUCAAGGUCAAAGGUCAAAUAUAUGGGGUAAAUUUUUUUAUUUAAUGUACACUUUUGCAAUAUUGAAGAUAGCAACUAUAUAUUUAGCAUGCAUGUGUAUCUCAUGGAGCUGCACAUUUUGAGUGGUGAAAGGUCAAGGUCAUCCUUCAAGGUCAAAGGUCAAAUAUAUGGGGACAUAGUGUUUCACAAACACAUCGCUUGUUCAAUUUUUUUUCACACAGUCUCUCUGCAAUAGUUUGUAUGUUUCUAUGACUUUGUUUCUCUUUUUCAAAAUGUUCAUGUUAACGUACCACAUUUUGUUUUACAAAUUCCCAUGCAUUAAUAGUUGUUCAUAUUUAAUUUCUAGUCGCAGACAUUUUGUGCUAUACAUUUUGUAUAACCAUUGCUAUUAUACAAUAUCUUGUAACUACAGUGUCUGUUAGCAUUCAUACAAGUUUAUUUGAGAAUAUGUUCUUCAAAUCUAGCUAUUUCAAUAAAAAAUGUUUUUAAUCUUAGAUGAUCUGUUUAUGUGUGAGGCAAAAUGUUCUUGACACUUUAUUUAAAAAAAUAAGGGAUGGGAACACAUUCAUGAAAACACAUAUAACAGUUUAUGCUUCACAAACAGAUGUUGUAAUAAUUCGCAUACAGGAGGGUAUUUGUGUCUGGCUAGUAAGUUGCUUGUCAGUUUGUAAGGGUGUAAAUGUACAAUGUUUAAUAUUUUGUCCAAUUUAAUUUACAAGUUAGUACAUCAGUAUGUAAAAUGGGAUAGCAAAUCCACCGUCUUGUGUAGAAUAAUGUUAGAAGCAUUUUUCAGUUUAUGAUAUUAAUAUUAUUACUUUAAAUGAAAUUACCAGUUAACUAUAAUAAAUGAAAACAAUAACAACUUCUCCAACAAUGAUUAUGUUGAGAUAAUGAUUGAUUUAUCUCCCUUCUUCCUAGAUUGAUAUAAGAUACUGCCAAUAUUGGUAUUUGUGAUGAUCAAGAACAUUUCUAUUUUUAGGAGGUUGGACACUUUUAUUUGUUUAUAAUUUGAGAAUUUAAAUAAUGGAAAACUCAGAAAACUCAGAUAUGAAUAUGAUUGAAGGCCUUGUUCCAAUCUGUAGUCAACAUUAAUAAACCUACCUUUCAUAGUACUAUUAUGCCCCCCUUGGAAGAAAAGGGGGUAUAUUGCUUUGCUCAUGUCGGUCGGUCUGUCGGUCUGUCCGUCCACCAGGUGGUUGUCAGACGAUAACUCAAGAACGCUUAGGCCUAGGAUCAUGAAACUUCAUAGGUACAUUGAUCAUGACUCACAGAUGACCCCUAUUGAUUUUGAGGUCACUAGGUCAAAGGUCAAGGUCACUGUGACCCGAAAUAGUAAAAUGGUUUCCGGAUGAUAAUUCAAGAACGCUUAUGCCUAGGAUCAUGAAACUUCAUAGGUAGAUUGAUCAUGACUAGCAGAUGACCCCUAUUGAUUUUCAGGUCACUAGGUCAAAGGUCAAGGUCACGGUGACCCGAAAUAGUAAAAUGGUUUCGGGAUGAUAAUUCAAGAACCCUUAUGCCUAGGAUCAUGAAACUUCAUAGGUAGAUUGAUCAUGACUAGCAGAUGACCCCUAUUGAUUUUUAGGUCACUAGGUCAAAGGUCAAGGUCACGGUGACCCGAAAUAGUAAAAUGGUUUCCGGAUGAUAACUCAAGAAAGCGUAUGGCUAGGAUCAUGAAACUUCAUAGGUACAUUGAUCAUGACUCGCAAAUGACCCCUAUUGAUUUUCAGGUCACUAGUUUGCUUUUACAUUUUUUCCCUGAUAUUACAUGCAUAUCAUUAUGAUUCCAUGACAUGACCCCUAGCCAUGCACCUGACAGUCAAUCAGAUGGUUAAUCUAUCAUUAAAACAUUUAAUUUCCACACAAUAUAUUGAGAAGUCUUUUACUUAUUAGCGGCCUAAUUGGUAUACCGGUAACUGUUCUUUUGGCUGGAAAGUAAGAUACUGAUUUACUUUUUAUGUCAAUAAUUUUAAGGUCAAAGUAACAUGGGAAAUUUGUGUCCACAUAAUAUACGUAACUUAUUCUCAUCCAAAUUGGCAUGCUUUUAAUUUUAGAGAAAAGAAAGAAGCCUUUCAAUUUUCGUCACUUCAACAGCCUUAAAAGGCAAAUGUUGAACUGAAGUAUGAAUGGAGAUGUAUCAGAUGAAUGGAGCUGUACCUGUACAAGCAUACUAGCUUGAGUAUUAGUAAGAGUGACCAUUAAGAUGACCUGUGUUCCUGUACUUUACUUACUACUUGUAAAUACUACCCACCACGAAGGCAUUUCUAUUUUUGAGUUUAUGUCUUGUCUUUUUAUUUUAUCAUAGUAUACAUGACUUGAUGGAUGAAAUCAUUUGCAAAUGUUUGCACCGUUAAUCAUAGUGUAUGGCAUUGUCAUAGAUUAAUGGGAGUAGAAGUCUAUGGAAUAUGUUUUAAUAUAUUUUUAUGAAAGUUCAUUCUUGAAAUUACGCUAGAAUCUUAAAAUGUAACCACUCCCAUGCAGAUAUGAUUUUGUGUUUCUAGUUUUUGUUUUAUGUAAACCUUAUUGCAUAAAUGGCUUAGAAAUAUGAAGAUUGCCUUGCAUAAAAGACUUUGAUGUCAAAAGAU